AAUAGGGCAGAAGGGCUUGCUCUAUUAUAGCUUCUUUGGGAGGAGGAAAUUCAGACAGAAAACACAUCAUGAUGAGUUCUUCCCAACAAUAUCUAGUUUUUCUCAUGUUACUUUUGUUUAUUACAAGAUGUGUUCUGCUCUGCACCACUGAUCCAACAGAUGGAUUCAUCAAUGUCCCAUUAACAGAGGACAAUUUCGAAAUCCAAAGGCCGUAUGAUGUGCCCCUGGAAGAACGAUACAGUUAUAAGAAUGGUACUCGUCGGCUGUGGGUUUAUGCCGAUGACAAGCCCCAUGAUCCCAACAGCCACACACAGCCUCGUACUGAAAUCCGGAUACAUGGCCUGGAUUACUCAUCUGGCGUGUGGCAGUUUGAGGGGCAUGCAUUCGUCCCCAACGGGACGUCUGGUGCUACCAUAUUGCAAAUUCACGGUGCGUCCCAUGGAGCAACGACUAUAAUUCUGAGGAUUUAUGGUGGAGACAUGAGAUAUUACAGUGGCCAAGUGAUGGCAACUGAUCUGUAUGAUAAGUGGUUCAGGAUUAAUCUGAUACACGAUGUUGAUGGAGGGAACGUGACUGUUUUUCUUGAUGGAGCACAGGUGUUUACAACAGGAGACCAGGGCCCUGGAGACUUGUACUUCAAGUGUGGAGUCUAUGCUGCACCGGAAAACAUCAGUUACUACAUGGAAUCCAGGUGGAGGGAUAUCAAAAUAUACAAGAAGUGAGAUUCAUUGUCAGAAGAAUCUUACAAUCCUGGAAUGUAUAAAGAGAAUAAAGACUGUGCUGAAAUUACUUACAAGCAGAGUAUAUGAAUUUAGUACAAACAAAAAAGUAACUGCGGGAAUCUGAUCAUAUCCUUAAUCAUAUAUACUACGGUUUACAAAUGAAAAAAUAAUCUACAUAGCCUAAAUACAUGUCCUGCUGCACAUAAUUUUCCUACACCAGACUUGAAAUUUCCUUCAUCAGCAGAGCUCUAGCCCGAUUGAUUGUAACAAGACACAAAUAAACAUGCUCCUCAAGCUCCUCAACUUGUUUCAUGAACC